AUGGCACUGCUUGGGGAGCCUCAACCCCAGCGAGAACGUCAAGACUUUUCGGCGCCAUUGCGAUAUGUUCCCAGUGCACCUGCUGAAACUCCGUGCCGAACCCGCCGCAACGAAGAGACACGACCAUGUCAAUUGCGCGUCAAUGCCGUACCGAACGCAGCUGGCUCAGCCUACUUGGAGCAGGGCCGGACCAAGAUUAUUGCUACUGUCUACGGUCCUCGCCAAGCGGAGCGUGAUCGGCCGCAAGCACGUUCUGAAGGUCAACUCUUUGUUGAGAUGCACUUUGCUCCUUUUUGCGCUCGGGACUUCAGCAAGGAGGAGUCUGAGAAGCGGGUAGUGCUUUACACUUCUAUUCUGCAAAGUACACUUGAAUCAGUGAUCCUUUUGGAGAGGUAUGGCAAAACCGCCUUUGAUGUCACUCUGCUUGUGCUGGAGGACGAUGGCGCAGUGCUAACUAGCAGCCUUGCCGCUGCAUCUUUGGCACUGGCAGAUGCAAAGGUGGAAAUGCGAGAUCUUAUAGCAGGGGCCACUGUCCAUCUCGCAGCUGCAUCCCCAAAGCCUGCGCUGCUGCUGGAUUGUGACCGGGCAGAAGAACAAGCGAUGCCUGAAAGGAGUGCCGUUCUACACCUCGGUCUUUGUCCAGCCAGAGGCAUGUUAUGCUUGCUACAUUCUGUGGGCCCCCUGCCGCCGGAGCCUUUUGAGCAGAUGGUUCUUCUCGGGAAGGAGACAGCAGAAGCGUUUGGAAUAGAGAUGCGCAGAUGUUUGCAAGAGCAGGUGCAGCGCCGGGCUGAGAAGAAACGAGCACGCUCUUUCAACGAACUCUUGGAAGUUGAUAGUGCUUUUUUGCAAGAGGACGAGGCCAGUUGUGUGCUCGCCGCUGACAACAUUGUUGAAGGCCGAGGCGCAGGGGACUGGCGAAAGAUGACAGCACGUUUUGACUAUGCCUCCUGGGUUUGGACGUCUUCGACUGUUCAACGUCGUGGCAUGAAGCUAACACCCCGAGAGCUUGACCAUCUACGACUGUCCCAGGCCGGGCAGCUGGCCCAGAGGCGGCUUGCGCGAGGGUUGCGCCUGAAUCACCCAGAGGCAAUCGCACUCUUGACCAGUCAAAUGAUGGAGUUUAUUCGAGAUGGCGAGUCUGUUGCAACACUGAUGGAUUUGGGCAAGCAAUUGCUGGGCCGCCGGCAGGUGCUACCAGGUGUCGAGAAACUCAUCCCAGAUGUGCAGGUGGAAGCAACCUUUCCGGAUGGAACAAAGCUGCUCACAGUGCAUCAGCCAAUCUGCAAUCUGGAUGGAGAUCUAGGCUUGGCCUUGAAGGGCUCCUUUUUGCCAGAGCCUGAAUAUGGUCUUUUCGGAGAGCUUGAAGAAGACGAUGUGCCUGGAAAAGUACUUGCGGCAGAGGGCAGUGUGGAACUCAAUGCGGGACGCUCCUUGGUGGAAUUGGAAGUCACCAACACUGGUGACAGACCAAUUCAGGUGGGCUCUCAUUAUCAUUUCAUUGAGACCAACAAAGCGCUCGUUUUUGACCGCGAGAAGGCCUAUGGACGUCGUUUAAAUGUGCCAAGCGGCUCCGCAGUGCGCUUUGAACCUGGGGAUUCCAAGGUUGUGACGUUGGUGGAGAUAGCUGGCAAGAAGCGCGUGGCAGUGGGCUCAUGGGGAUUUCUUCUCGGACCGUUUUCAUGCCACACUGCAACUGCGCUCCGUGUGUCCCAACGCUCUCUGUGCCCCUCAUAG